AUUUUAAACCCCCAAAAACGUGACCUAUAACCCCAAAAUUCAAUCUUGCUUCGCCAUGGAAAGAAUCACUCCAGAGUUGGAGCUCUACACCAUUCCCAGCUACUCCAGUUGGUUCUCUUGGAUUAACAUUCACGAAGUGGAGAAGUUUUCUCUGCGCGAAUUCUUCGACAGCAGCUCAAUCACCAGAACGCCCAGAAUCUACAAAGAGUACAGGGACUUCAUCAUCACCAAAUACAGAGAGGACCCUUCGAGAAAGAUCACUUUCACCGAGGUCCGGAAGUCGCUAGUGGGCGACAUCAGCGUUCUCCACAAAGUUUUUACGUUUUUGGAGAAAUGGGGUCUCAUUAAUUUCAACGUUUCUGGUAGUCAUGAGGGGGGAAAUAGUCGCGAGGGGGCGUCGUUUGGGGGUAAGGAGGAGGAGGAAGAGGGGGAUUGGAAGGGGCGGAUGAAGGUUGAAGAAGGUGCCCCUCAUGGGGUGAGGGUGGUGGCAGCGCCCAAUUCUAUGAAACCGCUAGUGCCGCCGCCCCAACCGCCUCCUUCUGUGGGUGGGGAUGGUGGCGGGGUAGUUGGGGAGGUGGGAGAGAGUGGGUUUAAGUGGCCGCCGUUGGCCUCUUAUUCUGAUGUUUACGGGGAGUUGAUGUUGCAGGAGGAGAGGAACAAGGGUGGUGUGGUGUGUGGGAAUUGUAAAGAAAAUUGUGAUUCUAAACAGUAUGAGUAUACGAAGGAGGGAAGUUUUAUUCUUUGUGAAAAAUGCUUCGAAAGUGGAAAUUAUGACAAGGAAAAAUCGGCAGAUGACUUCAAGUUAAAAGAUACUGUUAAUCAGGCAGUUGGCUGGACAGAGGAGGAAACUCUACUUCUCUUAGAAUCUAUCUUAAAGCACGGAGAUGACUGGGAUCUUGUUUCUAAGAAUGUUCAGACGAAAAGUAAACUGGAAUGCAUCACAAAGCUUAUGCUGCUGCCAUUUGGCGAUCUUAUGUUGCGGGGUGGUCUUGGAAAGGGUGGAUUAUUGGAUAUAAUUGGUUAUGGCAAACAAGCAGCGGUACCUUCUAGUGAAUCACUAGAAUCUGUGAAGGCUGAGGAACCAAGCUCCGAGGUUCAGAAUAAUGAUCAGCAGAACGGAGAUGCCAAUUGCGAAGGUCCUCUAAGGAAACGAGUGUGCACUGGACCAACUUCUGAUGCUGGAAAUUAUAUGAUGAAACAGGUAACUCGCAUUUCCUCGAUGUUGGAUCCACAUAUCACAGCUUCGGCAGCUGAUGCUGCUGUUAUUUCUCUUUGCUACGAGAACCAGUGUUCAAGAGAGCUAUUUGACGACAAUGAUGGCAAAUUUUUCGAUUCAAUAGCCUCCCCUGAAGCAAGUAAUCCUGAGAGAGACACUGAUUGCGAUGCUGAUAAUGCAGAAGAAGAUAAAAGCCCCAAUCAAUCAGAAAUUUCGGGGAUAUCAUCUGCGAAGAAUAUAAUUCCACUAAAUUUGAAAACACGGGCUGCAACUGCAACAGCACUUGGUGUAGCUGCUGCAAAUGCGAAGAUGUUGGCUGAUAAGGAGGAGAAAGAGAUUGGAAACUUGGUUGCUAUUAUGAUUGAGACACAGCUCAAGAAACUGCAGGGCAAGGUGAAGCAUUUUGAAGAUCUCGAGCUAAUUAUGGGAAACGAAAACGCCCAACUUGAAGAAGCCGAGCAAUCUCUUAUCAUGGAGAGACUGGAUGUGUUACAAAGGGCGUUCGAUGCUGGUAUACCCAGAUCAAAAGGAGCAUAACUUGACCAAGUUUCAAACAGAUUCUCUUUCACAUUUACCUGUAUUUGUUGUUAUACAUUGGUUCUACUAAUUGAUUGAUAAAAAAGCUAAGUAAAUGCACGAUUUGUAAACCCUAGUGGCAUUCUAAAUAUUUAAUUCUAAAUUGAAUGAAUAUAUUCACAUUUAUCCUUUU